GACGAACUCCACCAGUCCAUCGAGCAGCGCACGGCGUUCAUGCCGCAGUUCAACGACCUCGGGCCGGCAGACUUGGUCCACCUCACCAAGACUGGUAACAAGCACCGCUACGGCACCUUCUUUAACACGGCCGGUGUCGACACGUCCAACUCUGCAACCAUCGCGUCGCACCUCAUGGAUGUGGUCAAGGUAUUCCACGGUAAACCCCAGACGUGGUUCGGCAAAUCCAAGACGUACAGCAUCGAAAAGGCGGUGUUUUGCGCGUUCAACGCGUUCAGCAAGGUCGACGCGCGUGUCACCAUACACGUACCGGGCUCGACCGAGGUCACUUUGGUAGGCGCUAACGGCCCUGUGGAAGGCUCCGAGCGCUUGUGGCUCGAGACCUAUAUCAGUUCCAUCGCCCGGUGCUUGCUCACGUCGGGUGAGGAUGAAGAGGAGUUGAACCAUGUCGUGGAAACCAGACGAAUCAAUCCGUUAACUUCUGUUACAGGGGCCGAGACCUUCUUUCAGGCGUUCGAAGCGAUGUUCUGGGACGGCCCGCGCCUAGGUGCCGCAUGCGACGUCCAGGUGCCGUCUCUCACCAACAACUACCUCGUCGAUACGUUUUUGAAGGCGGUGGAGGUCACACGGAAGUUUGACACCGCGUUGGAAGUCUUGCACCGCCUCCAGGAGCGCGACCCACGCGUCAUCUCCAUCGUCGCACAGGUGCUCUUGAUGCAGGACGAAGAGGUCAAGGCGAUCCAGACGAUUGCGCACGGGAUCCGCGCCAACCCCCGCAACGCGGCAUUGCUCAUUCUCCAGGCAAAGUACUUGAUGGAGAAGAGCCAAUACGCGUUUGCGUUGGCCGCUGCGACGCAGGCCGUGAAGGCGUCGCCGUCCGAGUUCAGACCGUGGGAGAUUCUCACCAAAGUGUACGUCGCCAUGGGCGAGUACGAGCAGGCAUUGUUGACCAUCAACUCGUGUCCGAUGUUCGCCAACAAGGAGCGCUACAGUUUCAAACGUGUCACCCCGGUGAACCGCAACAACCUCCAUUUGCCGUUGCCUAUCGACGCCACUUUGGAGGCCGUCACCGGCUUAAACGCGAUGGCCAUCCAGGAAGAGCAGCUGAACGCAGAUCCAAGCUUGAUGAACUUGCAGGCCACUGGUCUCAAGUCGACAUUCGCCGCGGCCUAUGACUUGCUCACAGACAUAAUUCACCGCAUCGGCUGGGAGAAGUUGUUGAAGGUGCGGACGAAGGUGUUUGUUAUGGAGGAGGAAUACCGGAAGGGGGAGGGAAAUGAGAGCUAUCUGAAGGAUAGCACCCAAAAGAAAGAUAAUAACGGAACCACUGCUGGCGAUGCCGGCGACUCUGGCUUCAAAACCAAGCGCUUGUGUGAGCGGUGGUUAGACCACCUCUUCAUGGUGCUCUACGACGACCUCAAGGUGUACACUCUGUGGCAGACGGAAUUACUCCAGUUCCAGGCGCAGAACAUGGAGUACAAAAAGUCGCCGUUGGAGUGGGAGUUGUUGGGGUUGGUUGCGACGCGUCUCCGCCACUUCAAAGAGGCGUCGGUGGCAUUCACUAACGCGUUGACCGGCCGCUUCUCCGUCAAGUCCACGCGCCGCUUGUUGAAGUACUUCCAGAAAGAGAAGCACAAGUUGGUCAAGUUGUCACAGUCGGGGGAGGAGACGGCCUUGGCACCAGCACAGAUCGCCAAGUCGCUUGCCACACUUGAUACUAAGAUUGUGGAAUUUUCUGUAAACUUGACCGUGUGGGACCACCGGUGGUAUAUUGAGUAUUCUCCGACGCUUAUUUUGGCAUUAGCAGGAAUUGUCAGCGAGAAGGGUGUGACCAAGGUGAUGAACCAGAUCGUUGCAAAGUACACGUCGGAGGGUGAGGGUGUGGUGGAAUUGAUGAACGAUACGUUUCUGUUGUUUGAGGAGUUUGGGUUUGCGGGGGUGGAUGCAAGCUAGAUAAACCGGGUGCGUAGCACGAGGUGGAGUGUAACGACAUCGAGCGGUGUUGUACUUAUCAAAUGGAGCUUAGAAGCUUCUAAGAAGUCGUGCAUUGUGAGGUUUUGUUUACUGGGUCAGGCUCUGCGGGUCGAGUCUAGCAGGAGCUAAGUAGGUC